AUGAAACUUUUUCAAACAAGGGUUAGAUUUUUAGGACAUGAAAUUGACCAAGGAACUAUAAUUCCUAUACAUAGAAGUAUUGAAUUUGCUUCUAAAUUCCCUGAUAUUAUUACAGAUAAGAAACAAUUACAAAGGUUUCUUGGUAGCCUCAAUUACAUAGCAGAUUAUUAUGAAAAUCUUGCUAAAGAUACGAAAAUAUUACAUGCUAGACUUAAAAAGAAUCCUGGCCCUUGGACUGAAAAACAUUCUCAGGCAGUCCAAAGAAUUAAAAGCAAGGGAAAAAUGAUGACCCCAUAUAGGGGUAGAGGCCGCGGUUAUGGUCGUGGUGGGAGAAGGAGUAACAAUAUGUUACCCCAGCCAGAAUCAAACAUUCCUCUAAUAGGGGAUUGGACUACUGUCUACAAAGGUAGAAAAAUGCAACAAUUACCUGCAUCUUCAGCAAAAAAGGAAGACAUUGCUUCCUCUUCAUCUAAUAAAACUACAUCCUACAAGGAAGUUGCGAUUAAUAACCCACCUCAAGAACAAAUGGAUUAUUUUGAAAAUCCAGUAACUGAAAAAAUCAUGUAUAUUGAUGAUGAAGAUAUGAAGAUAAAUCCAAAUGAUGGUUGGUCUAUCAAAACUAGUUACCUCGAAUCAAGAGGAUAUCCAGGUCUUCAUGGAAACAAUUACUCACCAUUACCAAAACAAUAA